AUGUGUAUCCGGGAGCCUGUCACGGCUGAUGUUGGACCUGAAAAGUGGUCACAAAUACAUAUGCCAACAAAUAGGGAUUCUACAAUGACAUCAAACAUUGUGGAAUCAGUCAACGCGAUCACCAAGGCAGCCAAAAAUCACCCUAUUGUAUCCUUGCUAGAGUCAUUACGGCAAACCAUACAAUCAUGGUUUUGUAGACACAGGGAUGAUGCACAUGGAACUUUCACAAAGUUGUCGAGCAAGUACAAGAAAGAGAUUAGGAAAAUUAGCAUGGAUUUGAGGAUCUUGAGGGUAUCCCCUUCAAACCAGACAGUAUUUUUUGUCAGCAACAAAAGGUCGACGUUUGUCGUCGAUAUUGAGCAACGAACAUGCACUUGCAGGAUUCUACAAGUUGAUUUGUUACCGUGUUCACACGCUUUGACUGUAAUUGCAAACACAAGAAGUGAUUCAUAUGAUUACUGUUCCUAUUAUUACACAAGAGAUGCGUACUUGAAUGCAUACCAAGAUUCUGUAUAUCCCGUUAGAAAUCAAGAGGAAUGGACAGUGCCAGAAGAAGUAUAG